GACAAAAUGGGAGGAGCUCAGCAGGUCGCCUACUGGUGGAAUCAGUCUGCUUGAUGGCUGCCCAGGGAUGGUCGUUGUCUCUGUGGCCGUGGCUGUCCCUGUUGCUGUCACUACUUCUGGGGGCGAGAGCUGCCGCAGCGCGAUGGAGCGGGGCCGGCACCACGCCGCAUUUGCAAAGCAUCUUCCUGGGUCGCUGUGCAGAGUACACCACACUGCUGAGUCUCCAGCCCGGGCACCAAAACUGCACAGCCAUCUGGGAGGCCUUCAAGGCGGUGCUAGACAAGGACCCCUGCUCUGUGCGUCCCUCGGACUAUGACCUCUUCAUCAACCUCUCCAGGCACUCCCUUCCUAGAGACAAGUCGCUAUUCUGGGAGAAUAACCACCUACUGGUUACCAGCUUUGCAGAGAACACACGUCGCCUUAUGCCCCUCUGCGAUGUUCUGUAUGGCAAGGUUGGAGAUUUCCUGAGCUGGUGUCGACAGGAAAAUGCCUCUGGACUUGAUUAUCAGUCCUGCCCCACGUCAGAAGACUGUGAAAACAAUGCCGUGGACUCCUACUGGAAGAGGGCAUCCAUGCAGUAUUCAAGAGACAGUUCUGGGGUGAUCAAUGUCAUGCUGAAUGGCUCAGAGCCCACAGGAGCCUAUCCCGUGAAAGGGUUUUUUGCAGACUUUGAAAUCCCAUACUUACAAAAGGAUAAAAUCACAAGAAUUGAGAUCUGGGUCAUGCAUGAAGUUGGGGGACCCAUUGUGGAAUCCUGUGGCGAAGGCAGUGUGAAAAUUCUGGAAGACAGACUGGAGGCUCUGGGGUUCCAGCACAAUUGUAUCGAUGAUUACCGACCUGUGAAGUUCUUAAUGUGUGUGGACCACAGCACUCAUCCGGACUGUGUCAUGAGCUCAUUAUGACAUUCCUGUCCUGGUCCAUGUGUGCAUCUGUACAUGUUCAUGGACGUGCACACACAAACAACAGACGUAGAUCUCUUAGAUUACUUAUAAUAAAUAAUGCUAUAGAUGUGACGCUGGGAUUUGCUCUUUUACCACUUAACAACAUGUCUUGGAGAUGCUUCUGGUAUUUUUUAAGAAAAUAAAAUUUAGGGCUAGAGAGAUGGCUCCGUGGUUAAGAGUACCAACUGCUGUUCCGAAGGACCUGUGUUUGUUUCCCAGCACCCACAUGGUGUUUUACAGCCAUCUUUAACUCCCAAAUAUGCCAGACCAACACUCUAGCACAGACAGAAAUAUAGUGCAAAGAGAAUAAAGCUGCAUGUUUAGUUUGUGACUGGGAAUGGGGCAUACAGAAGACAGGGGUCUGAGGAGAUGAACUCCAAAGCACCAAUCAUAACUUCUCAAUAAAAAAAAAAAAAGUAAGAAGUGCAGAAAGAUGAGGGGAGGCCCUCAUACGCAGCACCUGCACAGCCUGGAUAGCUGAGACUGGUGGGUGGUGCCUGGAUUGAGACACCGAGGCUUCUUUUCAGGUGGAAGAACAGCAAGCUUUAUUUUGCCUCAGCUAAAACCUUUUUAUACCUCUCUACUGCUUCUGUGGAAAACCACCGGUCAGAAAGAACACAAACAUCCUUGUCAAUUACAGACCGCAAAAAAGUUCUGCUGUCGGUUAGGGGGAGUGAGGGCAGCUGGAUCACAACACUCAUACUUUCUUGCAUUUUGCUCUGUUAUUUCAUUUUGUUGAAAAUAAAUGGAAUAUAUCCAGAUAUUAGCUAGUUUAAUUAUUUUAAGGCAAAAAAAGAGAGAGAGAAAAUUGGAAGGACCAAUUUUGAAUGAAUCUAACAUGGACAGGCACUGAGUCAGAAAUACGCUGUAGUGAAUGUCCAGCAGAGGGAGCCAUUCAUUGGCUAAUUAAAAAAAGGGACUGGUGCGUCCUAAGGAAGUUGUCUGGCUUCUAGCCCAGAGCAGUGGGAUUGGUUUCUGAACCAAGAUAAGAUGGUUUUAUAAUUUUUUAAUUGGUUGAAAGGAAUUCAGUAAUUUCGGUUUCAAAAACUGCGAAGGUCAGACCUUCUUUAGUUUAAAUGGGAUUUGGCAGGCCUCCCCUGGGUAUUUUAAAGUCAGAACAGGGUUUUCUUAAUCAGUUAAACUCUAAUGUUACACUAUUCACAACAAGGAACUUGGCUAACACUCUUGAACAUCCGUACAAUAAUGAUUCAUACACAAGGAAAAAUGAAUUGACUCCGUGUGAACCAGCAUGAACUGUGUCCAAGAGGUGGAGUCAGGCAAAGGAAGAAAAUUGCAUUCCGUGUUUU